UAGCCUAAAGGAAGAGCUCCCAUUCGAAGACCGAUUUCCUGAUACGGUAGGAGAAGAGGAGAAAAAAAAGAGACCGGAGAGAUUCGGAAUUGAAACCAGAGGCCACAGUGAGAUGUAGAUGACUAAGCCACUUGAUGCCGCUGAUCGAGUUGUCGAUGUCUGAGUCCCUCUAUUUUCCUCCCUCACGUUGUCUAAAUGUUCAACUCUAAAUAAUGAUAUAAAAACACAGAAAUCAUCAGAAAAAUGAGCAAUCCUUCAUCCACAAAGAUUGAUCCCCUUCUUCAUAUGUGUGUGAGGUACUGUGCUAAUAACAUAGACACCCUCACAAGAUCAGCAGUGAGAAAUUCAAAAGAUGAAGGAGACACAGACUUCUGCACAAAUUUUUCAGGGAUGCCAUCCUUUCCAAUGAACUUAUCAAACAUGUUGUUUAUUUACAUAGAGAGAUAUCUAGGGACUAAGAACAAGGCCAAAUUUAUUAAGCUGUUGUCAUUGUUCGGCGAUCCAAACAAGACACCAUUAAGACGAAUGUUUCUGCAACAAGAACAUACAUUGUGUGGCUCCCUUCCACCAUCUGUCUUUGACCAGCCGAUACAGUACUUAGAUCUCUGCUAUUGCCAGUUCUGCAACGAUUUAAACAACACAAAGUCUGACUCUUUUCCUGCUUUUCACAAAUUGUGUAAUUCUUUAAAGGUUAUACGUAUCUCUUUUAGUCCAAAUUGCAGGUUAGAGCAUGACGAAGACAGUACAAACAUCCUCUCAGGCGUGAAUGAGGAGUUCAAUCAGCCAGAGAAAGACACAGUCGUUACUGAUGCUGCAAAAGUGGAUGAAUACAAUGUCACAGCUUUAGGUUAUCUCCGAUUCCCUGCAUUAACACACUAUACUUUGAAUGUCCACACAGAAUCAUCAAUGCAAGCUGAAACUGUCAUAUCGUUUACCAAGUGUUUCUUUAAAGUUACUGGUACAACAUUUAAUCGUCUGACACAUCUAAACCUGUUUGGACUUGGUUUAACAGAGAAUGACCUUGAUUUCCUGGAGGAUAUCCCAACAUUGACCUCAUUGGGGCUGUCUGGACACCAGAUUAAAGAUGUAGUUACUGGUCUUGGACAAAUCGCGAAAGCUGAAAACCUACGUCACCUAGAUAUAUCAGCAAUUGUGGAAGAGCCAAGGAUGUAUGAAGCCCCAGAGGAGAGUAUGAAUGAGCUUUUAAAUAGCCUGCCCUCAUUGACUUCACUUGACAUUUCCGGGACAAACCUGGCAGGAGUGAAGAUGGAAAACAAACAAAAAGAUCAGGCCAAGCAGCAAUGGGUUGAAAAGACAAUAAGUCAAAGUUUUGGGUACAGAAAGUUUUCUUUCCUGGGCUUAUGUAAUUGUUCUGAGCUUCCAUUUUCAUGGGAGAACGUACCAGCUGAAGAGUUUACCUGUUUAGCAAAAUUUGAGAAUGUGGUGCUGGCCAUGGAGGUUUACAAAAAUAAUACUGGGAUGCUGCAACCUGUCAUACAUGCACUUCAAUGGUUUAUCAACAGCUCCAUGUCUGACCAACAGAUAAAUAAAAUAAAGCUCACCAUAGACACAAACACUAUCGUAUUGAUUGAAUGUUUACUGAAGGUGAUCCAUCUGCAUCCUAACAUUGACACAAUCCAGAGAGACAGCUGUGCCUGUAUUGCAUUGCUAUUGAUAAGAGACUCCCCUUCAAUGAAAGAUACAGCAAUCAGUCUGGGGCAGUCACUGCGUGCAAAGAUCCUGGAAACAACUUUAUUUUGUCUGAACAAUUCUUCAAAUCAUGUGACCCUUAGCUGUUGUCUUAGGAUCCUAUUGAAGUUGAAACUGCCACAUGAUGCUAAAUACUGCUAUAGCAUGAAACGGUACAUGAAGUGUGUGAUGGAGAAGUUCUGUAGUUCAGACAAUCAUAGCUAUGUUAGCCAAACACUGGAAACCUAUGCCAUCCACCUGAUGAGGAUAGCUAUUUACUAUGGUGACUACGAGUCCAGGGACUUUCUGGGGCAACAAGGCUUCAUAGAGUUCCUUUUGUCGGUGGCGAGAAGAAAGACCAGCCACUGUACACACCUAGCAUGGCAGUGCCUCUGGGGACUAACAGAUGAAGUGCCUUCCAAUUGUAUGAGGUUAUUGGCUGUGCCAGAUGCCUUGGAAUUAUACCUGGAAUGUUUGAAGGGUAAACAACAAGGGGAUUCAUUUGUUCGAGGUCUGCUUGGGGUCAUGGCAAAUGUGUCCGAGGUGGCUGAGCUGAGAAAAGAGUUGCUACAAAACGAGGAACUCUUAAUCAUAAUAAGUGACUUGACAGAUUCUCAAGUGAUGGAGGAAGCGCUUAGUUUCCAGGCGACUUGUUUAAUGGCUAACCUGGUCAGUGAUGGGCCAGAUGCUUGGAUACUAAAAAAUCCUGACCGUUCUUCUGUUCUGGCAAAGAUUUCAGCUGCUGUCCACCGCUGGGAUAUAUCUAGUAGCAUGAAGACCUUGUACAGGUCUCUGUUACCGUUCUUGGAAAUGGCCCAGAAAAGCCACACCCCAGAGGCUCAGCUAUUGGCUAUCUGGUGUAUAUGUAACCUCAUCAAAUCUAAAGGAAGUGUGUACUGUCAAAUGUUAAAGAUGGAAGGCGGUCUUCCUGUCAUGGAAACCAUCAGAAACGAUCCGGAGACAACACAGGAAGUCCAAGAGUUAGCAGCCAUGGCGAUAGAUCUUGUCAGCUCGAAGGACAUUCCUGAAAGUGACGAUACUGUGAAGAGCGCUUUGGAAAUAGCUGCUUCCUCCUCUUGAUUUCUCCUUUUUCUCAUACGUUGAUAGUUAUUCUAAUUUAGUUGGUUUAAUAACAGUGUUGUGCAACCUUAAUGUUUUGUCAUAUGUUAUCUCCCCUGUUAUGUAACUCUCUUAUCUUGUAACAUAAUAAACCUGUUCAACGUGUUGUGUGUCACUUUAACACAUUUUCUCUUUAACAUGUGGUGUUGAAUCGGCCUGUUAAACAUCAUACAAGCUGUUAAUGGAAACUCUUUUUUUCCACAUCUGGUCAUAUUCACAAUUCUUUAUUCGGGCAUUUUGUGGCAUUAUAUUUUUGGGAAGAUACUCUUAGAUUCCGAAAUAUUUAUCAAAUUUUUUUAACAGUUCGGGUACAGAUAUCGAUACUCAUAUUAAAACGAUCAGAUGGAAGAAAGUGGAAAUUUUGACAGGUAAACAGAUAACAUGUUUGCAGUGAUUAUUUUCACAGCUA